CUGGCUGCUUUCUUUGACAGGUGUUGAGUAGGGUAAAAGUCUUUAAACAGAGUCCAACAUGUACGCCAAAGGUAAAGGAGCUGUCGUCCCUUCUGAUAGCCAAGCAAGAGAGAAAUUAGCUUUAUACGUGUACGAGUAUUUGCUGCAUGUCGGAGCUCAGAAGUCAGCACAGACCUUCCUGUCCGAGAUCCGAUGGGAGAAGAACAUUACGCUCGGGGAGCCUCCUGGAUUCCUGCACUCGUGGUGGUGCGUAUUCUGGGACCUGUACUGCGCGGCACCGGACCGACGCGAGACCUGUGAGCAUUCCAGCGAGGCCAAGGCCUUCCACGACUACAGUGCCGCAGCGGCGCCCAGUCCCGUCAUGGGCAACAUGCCCCCUAACGACGGCAUGCCCGGCGGACCCAUGCCCCCCGGCUUCUUUCAGGGCCCUCCUGGCUCGCAGCCGUCUCCCCACGCACAGCCUCCCCCACACAACCCCAGCAACCCCAUGAUGGGACCCCAUGGCCAGCCUUUCAUGUCUCCACGGUACCCAGGUGGACCCCGGCCAUCGCUCCGCAUGCCAAAUCAGCCUCCUGUGGGAGUUCCAGGGUCACAACCACUCCUGCCAAACAGCCUUGACCCUACCAGACCACAAGGACACCCCAACAUGGGUGGACCGAUGAGAAUGAAUCCUCCGAGAGGGAUGGGUGGCAUGGGCCCACAGAAUUAUGGUGGUAUGAGACCUCCUCCUAACUCUCUGGGUGGCCCAGGAAUGCCAGGCAUGAACAUGGGUCCUGGGGGGCGAGGUCCUUGGCCGAAUCCAAAUGCCAACUCGAUAGCAUACUCCUCCUCUUCUCCAGGCAACUAUGUGGGUCCGCCUGGUGGAGGGGGUCCACCAGGAACUCCCAUCAUGCCAAGUCCAGGAGAUUCCACAAACUCCAGUGAAAACAUCUACACAAUGAUGAACCCUAUCGGCCCCGGAGGUAACAGACCUAAUUUCCCCAUGGGCCCUGGUCCUGAUGGUCCAAUGGGAGGCAUGGGUGCCAUGGAACCUCAUCAUAUGAAUGGAUCACUAGGCUCUGGUGACAUGGAUGGGAUGCCAAAGAACUCCCCUAACAACAUGGGAGGCAUGAACAACCCACCGGGCACGCCACGGGAUGACGGCGAGAUGGGCGGCAACUUCCUCAAUCCAUUCCAAAGUGAAAGUUAUUCACCCAACAUGACGAUGAGUGUGUGA